AAUGGCGCGUCUGAGGAGGCGGGUGUGUGGUGACAGAGAGAGGCGGGCUGCAGCAGCCAGCUGUUGGAAAGCAGCGCUCCUAAACCAUCCGCUACUACUACUGCAUCAGGUGAAUAUCUCUACAUCAACACAAAGACCAGAGCACAAAGACAAGACUUCUCCUGCACAUGUCUUUGAUUCGCGACUUGUCCUGUCUUACCGGUCUUGAUCGAGCGGUUUCAACUCAGAGGUGAAAAGAGAAAUCGAGAUCGAAGAACAGGUGUCAAACAGCAGAAAAGAUGGGAAGAAAGAAAAUACAGAUUUCUCGUAUUCUGGACCAGAGAAAUAGACAGGUGACUUUUACCAAGCGCAAGUUUGGUCUGAUGAAGAAAGCUUAUGAGCUGAGCGUGCUAUGUGACUGUGAGAUCGCCCUCAUCAUCUUCAACAGCACCAACCGUCUGUUCCAGUAUGCCAGCACAGACAUGGACAAAGUGUUGCUGAAAUACACAGAGUACAGCGAGCCGCACGAGAGUCGCACUAACACAGACAUACUGGAGACUCUGCGUAGGAAAGGCCUCGGUCUCGACAGCUCAGAGCUCGACAGUGAAGAAAGCAUGCAGGUGGCUCCAGACAAAUAUCCUCUCAGCGAGGGCAUGGAUCUCUCUUUGGCUCGCCAGCGCUUCUGCGCUCCAUCCCUGCUGUCACCGGAGGCCCAGUUCCUGGUGUCUGCAGGCUGCGAGAACGGCUUCCCCAACUCCUCUGGAUCCAGCAUGGCCCCCCACAGACCCCCGGGCUUUAAAACUCUGUCCAGACCCGGCUCUGCCAGCCCUGCUGCACCACACACACACACCGCCUUCAUGUCUCCACACUCAGGCAUUGGCUACUCCGUGUUCUCCCACGGCAACCUGAACCGAGCUCUUGACAUGAAAAGCCCUCCUCCCCUGAACCUGGGCAGUGAGAACCUGCGGGGAGAGGCUGCUAAUCAGGGCAUGGGGGCCACACGUGCUAACCACAACUCUGCUAGAGGUCUCUUGUACCAGGGUCUGCACAGCAGCAGCUCCAUGGUGGCUAUGGGCAAGGCAGGGCUGCUGGGCCACAGUUUGGGAGGCUACGGCCUCCCUUCCCCUGGAGCCUCUGAAUACAGCCAACCUGGUUUUUAUCACUCUGUUAGUCUACAACGAGGAGCAGUGAACCCCUGGCAACCAGUGCAGCCACUUCAGGAGCCCCACGGGCCUCAUAUAAGCCCAGGGAUGUCCAGUGGAGGGUGCUCCUUCCCCUCUCAGUCUUGCUCCUCAUCAUCUCCACAUCUUUCCUCCCUCAACCUCAACAUCAAAUCGGAGCGUAGCUCUCCUGAGCACAUGUCCUCGCCCUCCUCCCCUCCUCUACACCACCUCAGGCAGCAUUCUCCAAUGAGCAACCCUGAUUCGGCUCGCCAUACCCCUCCGGAAUCCCGUCCGGCCAAUGAGACGAAGGAGUUUCCCAAAGCCGGCUACCUUCAAGACGAAGAGGAAGGAGGGCAGGCGCUCAGGCAGUUAGAGAUAAGUGACGGGUGGCAGAGAUAGCUGGUUGCCGCAGUCUACCGCCAUCUCCUAUUCAAUCAGCUAUCUUCCAUCAAAACCAGUGCUCUCUCACACACACACACACACACACACACACACACACACACACACACACACACACACACACACAUCAUAGAGAGAAGAUAGUGAGAUGGGGUCCAUUUGUCCCCAUCAUCCCAGAGAGGAAAGCCUCUCUUUGUCUCCUCACACAGAGCUGGUCUCUCCUGGGUGAUGGAGAAUUUUCUCUGCAUCACUUGAUUGAUCCCAUGAUGAUGAGAUAGAUGCAUACAGACUUUUUUUUUUUUUUUUGCUUUUUGUUUGGUUAGGUUUAGAUUUUUUUUUUCUGUGUGGAGCCAAUGUGAAUCAAAAUACAAUUUGAAAUGUGUUUGUUUUGUUCUGUGACUUUUCUGAAAUUUAGCAACAGCAGCAUAGUGGGACCAACUGAAUUUCUCCAAAAGUGCGAAACACAUCUAAGUACAUGUUUGGCUUUCCAAGUGGUCCUCAGUGACGCCUCUGAGUAGUUCACUGUUUGCCCUAGAUGUGGUGAAAUGACUGUUUAAAUGUUACAGUAAAAAACAGAAGGCACCGGAGAAAAACACAUUACAUCAGCCCAACUAAAUGUGUCUCAGUAAAAAUUCACAUCUAAUUCCCUUGUUGUUAUAAAUGCUUUAUUGUUUUAGCUUUUAGCCCAAAUGUGGUGAGACAAUCUCCCCCAUAUGAGACCAGAUCACCUGUUGCUGUAGCUUUGGCCUUUGUUGAAGAGGUGAAAUGUGCCUGCACACUAGGACAUUUUAAAAUUCUGGCCAUCAGUGAGACUCAGGGAUUUACAGGAUGGUUUCUUCGUGAAGUUAAAAAAAUAAUAGUUUCUUUCGUAAGACUGUAAUUGUGGAUAAGCUAAGCUUUAGUUGUAUAAUUCCUCCAAAUAAUACUAGUUUCAUCUUUUUACUUUAUUAAUAACAAAACUUAUGGUAGUCUACUUCAACUAUAGACCAAAGUGUUUAAUAUUUGUCCCUAUGCAUUACGAUCACAUACUGCAACAGCCAAAGAUGUACUGUGUGUAAUCUUCUAUAUUGGGUCGAGUUUGAUUUAAAUAAUAUAAAAUGCUAUCAAAGUUUUUUUUUCAUACAACUUUUUCUGAAGGGUUUCAUUUCAUAAUGCAGAUAUUAUGUCCAUUAUUGUCUUAUGAUAUUUAUACAUGUAUGAGACACUGUAAUUAAUGAGUCUAAAUAUUCGGCCUACUUGAUGAUAUAGAAUAUUUCAUUAAAAACCCACAAAUUACAUUUUUUUUUCAGAAUUGAGGAAUGUUUGGUUGUAAUUAAAUCUGUUAAUCUACUUUUUGCACUGGAUCUCUGUUCAUGUUGGUUUCAUUUUGCAGAAUAUACUCAAUAUUUCAAGUUUUCUAUCAUUUGACGAGUUUCCACUGUUUGCCCACAAGGGGUCAGCUUAUUUUGCAACAUCUUCGCUGUUUCAGAUGAGGAAGAUGCAGAGCAGGGAAGACCAUCCUUAACUAUUGGUGAUUAAUUAUCUAAUGAAUCUCUAUGACAAGACACAGGUUCAGUGGUUCACCCUGAGGACUUUUAACACACACACCGUGACAAGAAGCAGAGAUUCAGUGAGCCGGUGGAGGUCUUCAAGUUUAAGUGCUGCUGUGGAAUUAGCUCCCUUUCAUUUUAUUUUUUAUUUUUAUGCAGUUAUGUGAAUUAAUAUAAGCAUGAAAAACCAAGUUAUCAGUAUUCUGAUGUUUUGGAUUGAGUUUUUAUGUUUGCUGACUGCUUCACUAACAGAACAGAGACAGAUUUUUAUUUGACAUUUGUUGUGAUUCAUUUUAAAUAAAAAAAACAGUUUGAUUUGUA